AAACGGUUAAGCCAAUUGCUGUAAAGGCAAUUUAUAUUCCCAUAGUAUCUUUAUUUUGGGAAACCGUAAAAAACCGCUCAUGACACGGAGAGGGGCGACCUACCAGGCGUAAAGCUAAAAAAAAAAAAAGAUCUGUGGCUAAAAUCCCCUCUCAAAUUGGCCUCAAUCGGGAACUGAGAAAAAUCCACUCACACAGGCUUUCUUUAUUCCUCACACACACACACACACACAGCCAACAUUGUUAGUCUGCUAUGUCGUGACCGGAGCGAUGCAAAUGUCACACGAUUCAUUGGCCACUGCCAGUCUCCGGCACCAAAACGUCAAUGUUUUGAUGGCGUUUGGAUGAAAUUCGCCCAGCGUUGCCCGGCUGCUGCUGCGGGAGCGGGUCGGUAGAGAGCCGAGGGCUUCGUCGGGUGCUCGCUUCAGCACCUUGGGCAGCUCCUUUUCGCAGGGUUCCCCGCUGCGCUCGCCGGGGAAACCCUCGGCUGAGGAGCGGAACCUGGAUCUGGAGCAGCACACGCACAACCCUCAACGAGGACGACGAGGAGGAGGAGGAGGAGAAGAAGGAGGAGGAGGAGGAGGAGGAGAUCGGGCUUAAAGGGUCGUUAUUUGAUGUGAAUAAACACUUAAAAAAAGCUAAUAUGAUCUUCCCGAGUGACGAUGCUUCUUGCAUUUGAGCUUCAGCCCCUCUUUUGGUUUUGCACUGAAAUCCAAGCAGCGCAAGUGGGAGCAGCGGCAGCAGAAACGGUGGUGGUGGUGGUGGUGCUCGUCCAAUGCAAAAGUGCUAAGGAUAGCUGCAGCCUACACACACUGCGAGCCUGCUGCUGCUUCACUUACUCUCAUCACCACCGAGGGAGACAUUACUAUCAGCAAGGGGGCAGCGGGAGGCACGAUUAUCCGUCAACAAUGUAAAUCUCACACAGGUUCAUCAUGAAAGCAGCAUCUAUCAGGAGAAAAGGUGAACUGCAUCACUAAAACAGCCAGAACUGAGUGGAAACCUUGUGACAAGCAACACCAUCUCUCCUCUCUCCAGCACCCAGCAUCAUGGCAAAUGCUGAGUGUUGGCAUGUAACUAGGGAAGUGGAGCAGGCAGGUCUGUCAGACUUGGAGAUCAUCUCCCAGCCAGUGGAGGAUGAGAACCAGUGCUUGGCUCCUCCAGUCCAGCUGGUGAGUUUUGGCUACAGAGAUCUGCCCCUCGCUGCUCUGGACCUCUCUCUGGCUGGCUCACAGCUCCUCUCCAAUGCAGAUGAAGAUGAAAACAGGGAUGGGUCCAACUGGCUGAAGCCCUGCUGUGGCCGUCGAGUGGCCCUGUGGCAGGUCUGUCUGCUCAGUGCUGGUUUCAACUGUAUCCUGGUGGCCUGUGUCAUCCUGGUGGUGCUUUUCCUGUCUUUGGAGCUGCUCAUAGACACCAAACUCCUACAAUUUUCCAAUGCUUUUCAAUUUGCCAGCAUUAUCCACUGGAUCAGCCUUAUUAUCCUGUCUCUCUUCUUUUCAGAGACUGUCUUCAGAAUCGUAGUGCUUGGGAUCUGGGACUACAUAGAGAACAAAGUUGAGGUGUUUGAUGGUGCUGUCAUCGUGCUGUCCCUGGCCCCCAUGGUGGCCUCCACGGUGGCCAACGGGCCCAGCAGCCCCUGGGAUGCCAUCAGCCUCAUCAUCACUCUACGCAUCUGGAGGGUCAAAAGGAUCAUUGAUGCUUAUGUGCUACAAGUCAAAGUUGAGAUGGAACUGGAGAUCCAGCAGUGUGAGAAGACCAAGGCUGUGAGAGAGGAGCAGCUUGAGCGUCUCACUCAGAUCUGCCAGGAACAGGCUUUUGAGAUCCGGCAGCUGAGAGCCCAUCUGGCCCAGCAGGACCUAGACCUUGCUGCAGAACGUGAAGCAGCCAUGCAGAUCCACCACGUAUGGGGCAAACAGGGGAGGAGUUUUCAGGUUGUAGAAGGCUUGACUCCUGGGGAGUCUGAUGAUGAGGGUGGCCAGAGAAACUCCAGGGAGCCUCACUCCACUGCAGAUCCAGUUGUACAUGAUGACAUGAACAACUACAUCAGCCAAUACUACAGUGAAGCAAGCAGUGAUGCUGGGGCUUCUGGCUUAGGUGCCCGGAUCAUCACCACUGCAGCCAUUGACGUUCACCUCCCCACCAAUCCACAUCCCAUCCAGUCAAAUCCGAUGCUUGCUAUGGAGCGGGUGGGCAGCGCCGUAAGUGAUGCCUCAACCAGCAUAUCACGGUCCAGUGGCAGCCUUACGGCCCGCCCCCACAGCCUGAGUAGCCACACCCCAGGUUCAUCUAUGACAGACUGCAGCAGCAGCACAGCUCAGGACCUCAGUCUGAGCUACAGCUCGCACCGCUGCUGCCCCCCUACCUUCUCAGGCCAGGACCCAUGUAGGGACCCCAGCAUGGUGGUACAGGAGCUACUCUCCUCGCUCUCUGAGGACUCCAGCCUUGCUCAAAAGGGCCUGGCAGUGGACCCUGUCAACCUUAAGCUUCCCAGCCCUACUGGCUCAGAAAAGGCCAGCCCUGAGCUAGACAAAAGAAUAAACAUCUUCAACCGCAGGAACCAAGAAGAGAGGCGAGUCCGGGGAAGGGGUUGUGUGCUGUUGCAGACCAAGCCACUGAUCCACCUGCAGGGCAGUGCCACUGAGCCGUCCCUGGAGGAGAAGUAUCGGCUCCUGGGACCAGCUGACACACCUCUGGGGCGCAUGCCUGAUACAUAAGCUACAUAUACAUAGAAACAAAAGUCUUUUCUCUUUUUACUGCCAUCCUGUUUGGCAUAUAUCUGAACUCUUGUGGCAGGUCGAACCUCACGAAAGGGACCACGUGAGAUUUAAAAUUUGGAUUUUUCUGUUGCUGUGUAAAUCCAAUCUUAGCCAAUCAAGAGCAAGCUUGAGCCUUAGCUUCCAACUAACACUGAUGUGUUCAGAAGUCAAUAGUAGAAAUGACAAUAAGAACUCUUAGGCCCUUUGCCAUACUGUCCAAGUUUCCUUGUUCCUCACUGAUGGAUUUUUGAAAUCUGAAAUGCCCAGAUAUAGCACAACAAAGACUAUAACAUCCCACUAAGGGGGCGUCUAAUGUGUUCUUGGACACAUUCUUCAUCAGGAAUUCUCACUUUGAAUAGGUCCUAAAUGCACUGAACGUUACAUGAGUAAAAACCAGCAAUGGGCCAUUCAAGCCUAUACUGAACAAAAACUUUAAUUCUGAUCAGUGUUGCAAACCAAGACACUGUUCUGUGUUCUCGGAAUUUCAAGCAGUUAAAAGGAGUGUUUUCUAAUGCAUUUUCUUGUUAUUUUGUUUCUUUUAAUUUGUAUGAUCAACUUUAAACAUCAUUCUGUUCUUUGUUCAAACAGCCACAGGGUUCAUAAGACUGGCUUAACUAUACAAACAGCCAAUUUUUUGUAACCUUUGCCUUUCUGUCACCUAUUUGUUUGUAUUUGAAACCAUGGACCAUCAUACAAUUUAUUGAAUAGCAUUUUUGUUUUACUUGUUGAAAUAAAAUAUAAGUAGGGUAUAUUUGUGUGGAUGAAAUUAAAAGGUAAGUGACUGGAUUCUUCACAUGAAACUAGAUUGGUGAGCUUGUAGCAUGAACCUUUAAAAGAUAUGUGCCCUAAAUGGCAAGCAAAUUCUUUGCACUUUAAUGUUUACAGACACUUUUGUAAACUUGAUAUGGAGGAAGUUAUUGCCAAAUGAAGUUGUUGUCAUUUGAAUGGAAAUAGCAAAAAUAAAAGUUAGUAUUUCCUUUA